CUGAUGUUAAAUUGUUUGGUAUAGUUUGGCGGUUUUGCGUGAUAAUUCAAAUAGCUAUCCUUUAAAAUAGACGACAAUUCCUUCAGAGUUUCUGAUUGAUUUUAGCGUUUUUUAAAAUGGAGAGGUUAGAUAUCAGAGAAGCGUUCAUGACUUUAAAGCCUCUUUGCGAUGAAAUGAUGAGACAUCCGAGUAUUGAAAAUGCAAGAACUGUUAAAACUUGUAUCGAAAGCAUUUCUACUGGUGUGGUGCAGGACUUAAUGGAAUAUUUAUUGUUUCCGAUCACUGUUCACUUGCAAAAUGAUCUCAACAGCCAUGACACGAGACAACAUUUGGUCGAAACGAUGAGAGCGAUAUUACAGAAAGCAAGAAUCAAGAAGAUUGCGCACUUCCAUAACAUGUACAGCUACCUGUUAUAUCAAAUUUAUGAUAAGAGUAACCCGAAUUUGAUUAUUUCAAAUCACGAGGAAUUGAAAGAAGCCGUAGUAUUGUGCUUGGCUGAUUUAAUGCAGCGAUCUACAACUGACGUUAUUGAAUCGUUAUACACUAAGGAAAAUACAUCUAAACUUGGUCAAGGAAUUUUCUUGUGUUUAUCUAUUGCAAAAGUUGAAAAGGCAAAUUCCCUCAGGUUGGCAGCAAUAGAUGCGGCAUUAAAAUUAUCGCAAGUUCACGAUGCAGCUGAUGCACAAGAUAUUGUACUGCGAGCACAAGUAGCAGAUGUGCUCAUGUUGGUUCUACCUGGGGUUGCGAGUCGAUUACUUGAUAUUGCUUUGGGUAGUGACAUUCAAGGCCAUAAAGUCACAAUGAUGGCAAUUAGAGCAUGGGGCCGAAUAAUAAGUCUCGUUAUGGAGGACAUGCCAAAGGAGGACAACAUUCCAUCCAUAGAUUCCCUCUACCAUGAAACAUUUGCCACAUCUUUUAAUUCUAUAAACAAUGGUUUGAAAUCACGUGAUCCUGAGGACUUGAAAAGAAUACUGAAAACAGCUGAGAGAAAUCAAGAGUGGUUUAAUGCCGCUGCUACAAAGUUGAACAUUCUCGUGCGUGUCUUGACGAACCUGAUGCAACAUUCACAUUGUAAUGUGAGGAAAGAAUUGGUUGAAUGCGUGAGCCUUGUACUCAUCAAAUGCUCCAGGAACAUGAAGCCAUGCUUUCCAGGGCUAAUAGAAAUUUUAAUAUCUCUAUCCGAGGAUGAUAACAGCCAAGUCAGUGAAGAAGCGAAGAAAGCACUGAUCCAAAUUAACACAAAGUACACUCAAUCUUCCGAUCUAAAACCACUGGUAGAAUUGAUCGAAGAGAACUUCUACAAUCUCCUCACCGAAUUGCCAAGAAUUAUUCGAAAGUCAGACGACACGGGACAACUGACACAUUUAAAUCGGUUAAUUGGUUACUUGAGACUAUUAGGGAAGAACAGACUGCCGAAGGUCAUGUCUUCGGUGGGUCACUUACAAAGAUUACUCCUCGCCCUGGUCUACAUAGCUGAGCUCGACUGCAGUAGUGUUUCGCUUCUAGAAGACCCUUCUACCAAAGAUAUCCACGACACAGUCCAGGAUUAUCCACAGCAACCCUGGAAAAGAUUCAAGUUCAUACACGAGAACCGCGUAGGAGAAAAGCUGACGAUGGCCUGCAAACUCCUCUGCGAAUUCGGAGACUUAGAAAUACUGGUGGACAAUAUUCUAUCCCUAGUCUCCGACAUGCCACAAUAUAAAAAGGAAUUAAUACUGUUGCUAAAUUCCGUGAUCGCAGCUCCAGGGCAAGCCGAGAAAUCGUCAUUGUACGAGUCAAUAGUGACCUCUUACAUAACGAAUGACCUGUGGUACCUGCCACUGGCAGUGUCACAAAACGUGACACUAAACCAGGCGCAGAGCAACGUGAUCCAAUGUUGCCUGUUGACGGAAGGUCUGGGAAUUCUCUCCCAAUACUUUCAGUCCUCUCCCAAGCCGUUCCUGAUGAAGACAUUGUACUUCGUUAUCGAGAGGGCAGGGAGCAGAUGCAGCGCGCUGAGCCUCGUCGGCCUGCACUCACUGGAGAGGAUCGCAAAGUCCUUUGGCUACAAGGACGUGGCAGACAUGUUAAAAGACAACGUGGACCACUUUUCAUUCUACAUCACGGUGAAGCUCCGCAAGGUGGAGCGAGAACCCGGGGUGCUCGACGUGGUGGCUGCCGUCGUGAGAUUCAGCACCUUCGACGCGUUGCCUUACUUGAAUGAGAUCGUCAGAGACGCCCUCUCGCAAUCCAAGGCGAACUAUCAGCUUCGAAAUGUGCAUUCGUUCCUGAAGGUCUUCCACACGUUCGUGCUCUGUAUGAAACAGUUGGUGGUGCCCCAAGUCCUUGAGUCCACCGAUAAGGAAUUUACCCCUCGACCUGACCCCGCCGAGACCACGAUUCGAGGCCUCCUGGAGUACCAAAAGGCGAAAAGGGAUUCGGAAACGUUCGAGGACGAAGACCCCGAAGGAAAGCCCGAGGACAUGUUUAAAAAUCUCGACCAUGAAGCGGACUUCCGGUCGGACUACGAUUACGCCCAGGAGGAGAAGCCAAAACCACCGGAUUAUGUAACGAUGAUCGAGGAAGUGGCCGACCGCUGCUUGCAUUUUCUGCCGUCCAAGGACAAAGACACGUCAUUGUUGGUCAUGUCGACCCUGCGCGAGUGCAUUUUAAUUCUGGCCGACUGGGAGGACAGAUUAUUGCCCCUUGUGCACAAAUUGUGGCAUCCUCUGGUCGCCAGGUUCCAGGACUCCGAUCCUCUGAUGGUUGCUCGAGCCUGGGAACUCCUCCACACAGUAGUCAGGACAUCGAAGGAUUUCCUUAAAUCUAGAGCGCUUACGCAAGUGUUACCGGCUCUAUCGGACUUCCUCGAUAGAUCUGCCAAAGAAUCGUACAAAAAGUCAAGGGGCACGGUAUACGAUUUCACUCGGAUGUACAAAUUGCAGAGGGAUCUGCUUUCGCAGCUCGGCUUGAUGGCAAGAAACAUGAGUCUUCGAGAGAAUGAACUGUGGAAGCUCUUGACAAUCGUGGAGUCGUACUUAGACAGUCAUCAACACGUUAAACUGCAGGAGUGCUGCGUGGGCCUAUACAAAGAUGUGGCCGAUUACAACGAGGACGUCGUUUGGGUGAAAUGUCUGGAAAUCUGGAACCGGAAGGUCGCAAAAAUUCCAAAAGACUCGACACUUAGUCUCGAGGACUUGAAGAGUCUGGAUUCCAGUACGCAGGAUGAGUAUCGGGAGAACGUAGAAACAAUAUUAACCUACAUCGAAGAGAAAACAACCGACAUGUGAAUACAAAGACCCAGUAUGUACACACGAUUUUAUUCAAUAUAUUACGUAUCCUA